AUGGGUGCUCAGCCUCAGUGUGAUGAAGAUCUCGUCGGACCCGAGAAGGACCCCAUUAUCGUCCAGGACCCGGAAUUCUCCUUUGCCCCAUCAACCCCGCCGGUGGGCUUACCCCCGAGUGCUUCGACGCCGGUGCAUCGAGUUCGCACCCAUCGAGCCCCUAAUGAAAUCGCGCGUCGGAAUUCCCCACCGAGUUCUCCCGAACCUCCCGUCUCGCUGCUUGACGGCCGGUAUCUCUUAGGACCCCAGAUCGAGUUCAGUCCUCUGCACCGCUGCUUAGACAUCUUUACGAAGGAAGAAUUCAUCUGUCGGAUCUCAGAGAAGAAAGGAAUCAAGGAUUACAUGGGAGUACAUUACCGUCUGGAUGGACACCCUCAUAUCAAUCCAUUGGUUCAGCUGAUCGAAGGAGAGAGCCGGAGUUACGCCCUAUAUGGGAAACCAGCCGGCGGAGACCUGUUAGCUCACGUGCGGCGAUGUCGACGAUUGACGGAACCUAGGGCGGCUCACCUCUUUCGGCAAGUGGCUGAGGUCGUUAAGGCCUGCCACGAGAAUGGAGUCAUCCUCAGGGAACUGAAGCUCCGCAAAUUCGUCUUCCUCCAACCUGAUCGGAAGGAUUUAUGCUUGGAGACUUUAGAGAACGCAGUCCUUUUAGAUGGAGAUGAUGAUUCCCUUACGUACAAAUGGGGUUGUCUGGCUUACAUCAGCCCCGAAAUUUUGCGCAGGGACCAGGGGAAGUAUUCUGGCCGUGCAGCUGACAUGUGGAGCCUGGGAGUCAUUCUGUAUACCAUGCUUGUCGGCAGGUACCCGUUUAGUGACGUGGACCGACGAGGUGUGAUGAUGAAGAUUUGUCGUGGUCACUUUGUGAUCCCGGACUUCGUGUCGCCACGAGCCCAGUGUUUGAUACGUUCCUUGAUCCGUAUGGACCCAGGGGAACGGUUGUCGGCCGAGGAUGUUCUGCACCAUCCAUGGUUGAGUCUUCCUCCACCCGAUGAUACAGUCUUGGAACCACGUACCCGACGUGGGCAUCACUACGAUCAAGUUGUCCCCAUCUGGGAGGAGGACUAUCUGACCUAUUAAGCUCUCCCUCCCUUUCCUUUACUCUUAGGCUCUGGUCGUACCUUUCACAAGGCUCUCGAGGUGAAUAUGUGAUGGAUUUUUUUUUCGUACUUCCCUUUCCGCAUUGGCAAAGUCUCACCCUUUCCCGAGCUGGUAUCCCAUUCAGGUCGACUUGCAAUCUGCAUGAGUUUUCCUGAAGCUGUGAUAUUUGUUUUUGGCAAAACGCUUAUCUUCCUUCUUAAUUUGCUUUCUGAUUCAGCUCUGGAAUGGCAGUGAAACCUUGCAGAAAUAUAAACCUGAUUUUGGACCACAACUCUCACCACUGGUGUCCUCAUGAAUAAAUUCCUCCUUCGCAGCUUGCACUUUGACUAACCUGAGCACUUUAAGACAUAAAAAUCUGCAGGCAAGUUUUAUUGCAAAAGAGCAUGCAAUAUGUGGCAAGUUAUCUUGCAAUACAACACACAAAUUUUCUUGUAAUGACAGAUGUAGGUUCAUGCUGUGCAUGAUGUGGAGCUUCCUUCUGGUAAAAUCUGGGGUUUUCAGUGUAAUGCAUGGAAAUCUUUUUGGUGUCGAAUGUCCUAACACACUUGCAUGUCACCCCAUCUCAGGUUCACCUCAACGGCAGAAAAACUUUCGAGAGCACCAGAUGUGGUGAUGACCUCUAAGCUGUUGAUUUGAGCAAAUUCUUGUUAACUGGCCCACAAAGCUACAAAUAACAGCUGUGAUUGAAUUUUUUGUUACAUUUGGUCAUGUUGUCGUGGAUGGUUGAUGGGCUGCUUCAGUUCCCUAGGUUAGGUUUUUGUCAUGACUGUGUAAGAAAAAAUUUCAACUUCAGAGUGAGGAUUGAUAGAAGGGUCACCAUCAUAAGGUUGAGGCACUAGCAAAGAUCCUGCCAUUGAGUAGGUAUGCUGUAUGUAUAACUGUAAUUUAAAAAAAGCCAGUGCUUUUAAGACGGUGCAGGACAUGAAAUCGGGAAAGCUUGGUAUUCAGGGAGAGCGGCUUCAUAUAGAUUGAGUUUAUACUGGUGAGCAGAAGCAGCAGCAGUAAACCUUGUAUGUCCUAGGCUUAAGGCAGCAAAUUUCUUGUUCUUGUUACCUGUCUUGCAUUGUUUUUUUCCCCCCCCCUCUUUUUUUUUUUUGAUGAGCUGACCUUGCUGUACGAGUAGACAAAGCCAAAAAUGACUUGUUUGUAGUUGCCGUG